AGUGUGCCCAAAGAACAAGCAUGAGCUGUGCUCACUCCCUCUUCUUCAACUUCCCCAUCCUUCAAUCCUUCUCCUCUAAUGGAGUUCAUAAUGCCAUCAAUUUCUCAUCUUCUUUUUCUUCUCUCCCUUCUCUCUUUAUCUCCAACUUGCAAUUCACUGCAGCUUGUUUCAAUGGUGUUCACAGUGGAAAGAGGGCCUCUUCCUUCUCAAGCUUGGCAAAUUGCAUGGGAAGUGAGGUUGCCUCUGUGGACAAAGAACCUGAGGUUGAAGUUGCAAAAGGUUACACCAUGACCCAAUUGUGUGACAAGAUGAUAGAAUACUUCAUGAAUGAGAAACCAAAGACAAAAGAUUGGAGGAAGGUCUUGGUAUUUAGGGAUGAGUGGAAGAAGUAUAAAGAUAGUUUCUAUAAACGUUGCCAAGUGCGUGCUGAUGCUGAGCAAGAUAUAGCGAUGAAGCAAAAUCUAGAAGGACUUGCUAGAAAAAUGAAAAAGAUAGACGAUGAAAUAGAGAGACAUAUGGACCUUCUCAGAGAGAUACAGGACAAUCCCUUGGAUAUUAAUGCUGUUGUUGCCAGACGGCGCAAGGAUUUUACUGGAGAAUUUUUUUACCAACUGACUGCACUUUCAGACACAUAUGAUAGUCUGGAAGACAGAGAUUCAAUGUCCAGGCUUGGGGCUAAAUGCUUAUCUGCUGUCUCUACAUACGACAAUGUGGUAGAUCAAUUGGAGACACUUGAUGGUGCUCAAUCUAAAUUUGAUGAUAUAUUGGAUUCUCCAUCACUAGAUAUGGCUUGCGAAAAAGUCAGGAGCUUAGCUAAGGCAAAGGAACUUGAUUCAACCUUGAUUCUUCUAAUAAACGGAGCUUGGGCAGCAGCAAAAGAGUCUCCGACAAUGAAGAAUGAGGUUAAAAACAUCAUGUAUCAUAUAUAUAAAGCAACACAAAAAUCUCUCAAAAGCAUUGUGCCACAGGAAAUUAAGUUCCUUAAGCACUUGUUGAACAUCGAAGAUCCAGAAGAGAGAUUUUCUGCACUUGCUACCGCUUUCUCACCUGGGAGUGAACAUGAAGUCAAGGAUCCUGAUGCUUUUUACACAACACCAAAAGAGCUGCAUAAAUGGAUCAAGAUCAUGCUUGAUGCUCACCAGAUGAACAAAGAGGAAUCCGACAUGAAGGAAGUCAGAGAAAUGAGUGAUCCCAUGGUCAUCCAGAGACUUUUCAUACUCAAGGAAACGAUCGAGGAAGAGUACAUGAAGCGAACUCCUUCAGGAAUUGAAGAAUCUAAACCCGAGGACUCCAAAUCUCAGGACAAUGUCAAUCAGAAGGAUGAUGAUGAUGAAGAAGAAUAUAUCUGAAUGAGGCAGUGUUGUCUAAGAACAGUUUUGGCAGACUUUCACUAGCAGUAGCUUACUCCAAAGAUGAACUUUUUCAAAAUAAUUGUAACAAUAGAAGAUUGAAAAUCUUGGCUGUAAAUGGUUUCCGGGAUGGUAUUCCAAAGAGAUGUGUAUGUAAAACUUGCUGUAUUCUAUGUUUUAUUUCAAGUCAUGGACCAUUAUUUACAAAACA